AUGUCACUGCACCACGACCCAGACGACAAACACAUCGCCGAGCGCGUCGCCUCCCCUUCGGGGGAGUCGGCUGCUUUCAAGAAUGGUAGCCUCGAGUACGUUGCUGAACAGGGUGGCAAUGGAUCACUUCCGACCUAUCAGGAGGCGUCCGGCGCACCUGUUGAGUCGUACUCACCCCUUGGGUACGAAGUCAAGUGGUUUACCAUCAUUUUCUUGAACAUUGGACAGAUGAUCGGUACUGGUGUUUUCUCGACGCCCGCUUCGAUUCUAAGCAAUACCGGCUCCGUCGGUCUCAGUUUGAUGUAUUGGUUCAUCGGCUUCAUCAUCUCCUGCUGUGCACUGGGUGUCUACCUCGAACUUGCAUCCUAUUUCCCAGCUCGUUCCGGCGCCGAAGUCGUGUACCUUGAACAGGCUUACCCGCGACCAAAAUACUUCUUCCCUGUCGCCUUCGCCGUGCAAACCGUCAUUCUGUCAUUCAGUAGCAGCAAUGCUAUCGUGCUUGCACAAUACAUAUUCCGCAUGACAGAUCGUGAGGGGAGCGACUGGGAGUUGAAAGGAAUUGCUGUCGCUGGUUACACACUUGCUGUUAUUCUACUCAUCGCAAACAACAGGCUUGCUCUAUGGUUAUCCAAUAUAAUCGGUUUCAUCAAGGUUGCGACACUGGUAUUCAUAAGCAUUACUGGUCUCGUAUGCCUUGGCGGCCAUACCUCCGUGGCUGACCCUAAAAUCAAUUUCCGGGACGCCUUUGCUGGAACCACGAGCAAUGGCAACGGCCUCGCCAACGCCCUAGUGAAGAUCACCUUUGCAUAUUCGGGUUACCAGAAUGCCUUCAACGUGAUGAACGAAAUCAAAAACCCGGUCAAAACGAUUAAGAAGUCGGCGCCACUCUCGCUGCUCAUCGUUGCCAUCUUGUAUAUGUUGUGCAACAUCGCGUACUUUGCUGCUGUUCCUAAAGAGGAUAUCAUGGAAUCUAAGCAAGUCGCAGCAUCGCUCUUUUUCACCGCCAUCUUCGGCGCGCGCGCCGCCAAAGGCCUCAACAUCCUUGUCGUUCUGUCCGCAUUUGGAAAUCUCGUCUCCGUACUGAUCGGCCAGUCCCGGGUUAUCCGCGAGAUUGGUCGUCAGGGCGUCCUUCCAUGGCCCACGUUCUGGGCCAGUACCCGACCGUUCGGUACACCCAUCGGCCCUUACUUGCUCAAAUGGGGCAUGACAAUACUCAUGAUCUUGGCUCCCCCGGCGGGUGACGCGUUCAACUUUGUCGUCGACCUCCAGAGCUACCCGGAUUCCCUCUUCCUUUUCCUCAUGGCCGCCGGUGUCUACUUGAUCCGACGCCAGCGCGCGCGCAUCGGUGUCGGUCGUUCGGAAUUCCGGUGCUGGGAUGCGGCCGUCAUCUUCUACCUGCUCGUCAAGGUCUUCCUGCUCGUCAUGCCUUGGUACCCGCCGGAGGGAGGCGCCACGGGCGGCGACGUCAGCUUCUGGUACGCAACUUACUGCGUCGUCGGCAUCGGCAUCAUCCUCAUCUGCGGUGUUUACUACUGGGUCUGGGUGUACCUGCUUCCCAGGCUCGGCGGCUAUGAGAUGCGCCAGAGAGUUAUUCAGUUGCCGGAUGGUGCCAUUACGCAUGAGCUGCUCAAGGUGAAGAAGGAGGAUCUGGCGAAGUGGGAUGACGAGCAUGAUGUAUCGGGUAAUAUAAAGACUGAGAAUGGGGUGGAGCCCGUUAAGGUCUGA